GCAGGGCGUUGGUCGUUCAUCAUCUCAAAUGAGUUACCGUUUUAUCAGUCUCAAGUCGUCUCGGUAAUUGUGGAAUCUAAACAAGCUUCGAUUGACGACAUACCGAUUACAAUUACGUCGUUCGUAAAUGAGCCAUUUAUCGAUUAUCAAACUUCUCCUGCUCCUCAUGUAAUUGUAUUUGCAAUUGUGAACAAGGGGAACGAGUUUGUCGCUAAUGCUGAUGUAAUCGCCAUUUUAGAUAGGCCAAAUGCACCGGAUGAGGUCUUUGAACUAUAUGAUAGUGGUACAAAUGCAGACAUACUGAAAAAUGACGGUAUUUAUUCUGGUUAUUUCUUCAACUUCACUGACAAUGGACGCUACAGCGUUGAAGUUAAGGUCAAGGGCAAAGAAGAUACAGCAUCAAUUGGAUUUGUGGAAAAUUCUAGAUCUUUCCCUAUUCAAGGAGAGGAGGAGACAAUAAUGAAACUGGUUGGCAUGUUUGAGCGUUCAGCGUCAGGAGGUGUACUCCAAGUGUCAAACCACGUUGACGUUGCAAUAGAUCGUCUGCAACCAUCACGGAUUAUAGAUCUAAAAGUUAUUGAAGUUUCGUAUCAACAACAGAGUGUAACUUUACAAUGGACUGCAGUCGGUGAUGAUUUUGAUAAAGGAUCAG